AAGGUGCCCAAUAUUCGCGUUCGCCAGUACAUAUAUAAUGGAUCACUGACUCAGAGUAUGAUAUAACUUUCGAGUCAGUCAUCAUUCAUGUUCCCCGCUGCAUCCUUUUUGACAAUCAUCUUCCUGGCUUUGUCAAUCGCGGGAUCGCCCGUUGAAAUCGACAAUUCCCCCAUCACCCUCCCCAUUGCCAGGAGGCUAAACGUCUCCGAUGGUCCCAUUAACCUCUUGCAACAGGAUAAAGCUCGCUUGACUGCCCUCAAGGGCAACUCCUUCAGCACGCAGGGCGGCCGUACUGGUAGCACUCCUGUGACCAAUGCUGUUGUAACAUACCUCAUAGAAGUUGGCAUCGGCAGCCCCGCCACAACCUACAAUUUGAUUGUCGACACUGGCAGCUCGAACACAUGGGUUGGUUCCAACACCAAAUAUGUGAAGACCAAGACCAGCGUCGACACCGGCGAGCCUGUAGCGUUGACCUACGGUUCUGGCUCCUUCUCUGGAACGGAGUACAUCGACACCAUCACUCUCGGUAGUGGGCUGACCAUCGCCGCGCAGUCGAUCGGUGUUGCUUCUACUUCGACGGGCUUCGCCGAUGUUGACGGUAUCCUUGGCAUCGGGCCUGUAGACUUGACAACCGACACUCUGACAAAUGAACCGACCAAGAUGAUCCCGACUGUCAUUGAUAAUCUGUAUAGCCAAGGCACCAUUUCUCAAAAGGUGGUUGGCAUCUCUUUCGAGCCCACCACUUCGAACACAGUCACCAAUGGAGCGCUCACCUUCGGUGGAACUGAUGCUACCAAGUACACCGGCUCCAUUGAGUACACUCCUAUCACUACCACCUACCCUUCAUCAACCUAUUGGGGUAUGAACCAGAGCAUCUCCUACGGCUCCACGACGAUCAUGUCCUCCACGGCUGGAAUCGUCGAUACUGGAACCACCUCUAUUUACAUUGCCAGCGAUGCCUACGCCAAGUACCAGUCUGCAACCGGUGGUACUCCGGAUACGGCGACUGGUCUUCUCCUCAUUUCCUCUUCCCAGUACAAAGCCCUGAAGAACCUGAACUUCCAUAUUGGCAGCGAAACCUACGCUCUGACGCCUAAUGCCCAAAUUUGGCCUCGUUCUCUCAACUCUUACGUUGGUGGUAGUAGCAACGCCAUAUAUCUCAUGGUUAGUGACAUUGGUACGCCCAGUGGCUCAGGGGUUGACUUUGUCAACGGCUACACAUUCCUCGAGCGCUUCUACUUUGUGUUCGAUGCCACCAACUCCCGCGUUGGUUUUGCUGAAACCUCGUACACUGGUGCCACCACUAACUAAAAUAUAACCACCAAAGUACACAAAUGAUCAAAUUUCAGACGCAAAGCAGCAUACGGAUUUGAUGGCUGUAUGGAGUAGGCUACGGAGGUCUUAUUCCUCGGUCGGGUUUGCGUAUUAUUAGCAAUAGUAUCAUAUUUACUCGUGAUCUUUGCACUUCACUGGCGGCAGCUCGGUACACAAUCAGAUCUCAGACUCGGUUUACUCCGAUGUCUUGACAAUAGCUCACAUGAAAUAAAAUGCUAUUCAUUUCGAAAAGA